AUGGGCCACCAGCAGCAGCGCACCGCGGCCAGGGCCGCGCCGACGCUGCUGCCAAUCCCCCUCCCCCUGCCCCUACACGCGGCCGCGAUGGGCGGCGCGGUGGACGUGGCGCACGGCGCGCGGUGGCCGCCGAGCGUCGAUGCACCAGCUGCUGUCCCGGAGUUUGCCGCCACCACGCCCCCUGAUGUCAGCGAGGAGGUCCUGGCGCUGAUCACCGCCGCGGAGGUGCAACAGCGGCUCCAGAAGGCGAGCAACACUGCUCCUGGGGCAGACGGAGUCACCUACUCGGACCUGCGACGUGAGGAUCCUGGCUGCCACGUGCUAGCUAGGAUCUUCUCGCGCUGCUGGAAUGAGCGGAAGACUCCGGUGCAGUGGAAAAUAUCCACUACCGUCCUCAUCCACAAGAAAGGGGACGUCUCGGACGUGGCAAACUGGCGGCCUUUAGCAUUGAGCUCUACCAUCUCUAAGCUCUUUGCUGCAAUCGUUGCGGACCGCACUUCUCUCUGGGCAGAGCGGUUGAACCUGCUCUCCCCAGAACAGAAGGGCUUCCGCACGUUUGAAGGCUGCUACGAGCACAACUUCAUUGUGCAGACGGCAAUUGAUGAUGCAAGGCGCAGGGGAGGCCAAGCAUGCUUUGCUUGGCUUGAUCUGGCGAAUGCUUUCGGUUCAGUGCCUCACGCUCACCUCCUUGGAGUACUGAGCAGGAUGGGACUACCAGAGCAAUUGCACCAUCUAAUUGCCGACAUGUACGAUGGUUGCUCCACCCGCGUCCGUACAUCUGACGGACUAACGGAGGAGAUAGAGAUCCAGGCAGGGGUCAAGCAGGGCUGUCCACUGUCGCCCAUCGUCUUUAAUCUCGCGCUCGAGCCGGUACUUCGCGCCGCAACCUCACUCAGAAAUGAGUGUGGUAUUCCGCUUAGCGGCGUCAGUGUGAGUGCACUGGCGUAUGCGGACGAUAUCGUGCUUCUGGCGCGGGAUUCAGAGGCGAUGCAGACGCUCCUCAAUGUUGUGGGUGAGGCGGCGACGUGGGCCGGGCUUACCUUCAAGCCGUCGAAGUGUGCCACGCUUCACAUCCGCCGUCGGCAGACACUAGGCUCGGUAUUCGCCCUGCAAGGGGGAGAACCAGCCGUGCUCGGUGCGGGUGACGCCUACCUCCAUCUUGGCGUUCCCACCGGGUACAAAGUCACGCAGACGCCAACGGAUGCGAUCGCGGCAAUUCGACGCGACUUGCAGCACCUGGACGCCUCCCUGCUGGCUCCCUGGCAGAAGAUUGACGCUGUGCGUGUCUUUCUCCUCCCUAGGCUUGACUUUGUCAUGCGGGGCGGAGCGGUACGCAAGGGGCCGCUAUCUGCACUCGACAAGGCAGUGAAAGCGGCUGUCAAAUCUUGGCUGUUCCUCCCACAGCGUGCGUCCACCGAACAGCUGUACCUCGCGCUGGGAGAGGGAGGAUGCGGCCUGACGCCGCUCGCGGACGCUGCGGACAUCUCAACGAUCGUCCACGGCUUCCGCAUGCUGCACUGCGACGACGCCACCGUCCGAGACAUCGCCUGGGCCACACUAACUACGGCCGCGCGCCGCCGACUGGGGAGGAAGCCGAGUCGUUCCGACUUGGCCACCUACCUUAGCGGCAGCACUGAGGGUGACCUCGCACGCGACGGUGGUGACAUCCAGUCACUGUGGACGCGCGUCAGGAACGCCACAAGGCGCCUAGCGCCGCGUGGCGUCACCUGGCGCUGGAGUGAACUGCUUUCCGAGUUGCAGGUGGAGGUCGGCGGCCGACCCGCCAUCGCUGACGACGCGGAACACGGCGGCAUCGGAGGGGUGACGCAGCCGGCCACGGAGGGGACGGCGCCUGGGACUACACGACACCUCGAAGAUGGCGGCGAUGGACCGCAGCACGAUGAUGACAGCGUGGGACGCACCGCCAACACUGGCGUCGAGCAUGUCCGGGUGGGAGGGGGCGCCAAACGUCUUCUCUCGCGGACGCUCCGCGAGUGUCUGAGGCAGCGCCUGCGCCACAUCCUACUCAGGAAACCGGACCAGGGGAAGGUGUUCGAGUGCACCAGGGAGUCCACAGCGUCCAACCACUUCAUAGCGGGAGGCAAAUACACCCGCUUCGCAGACUGGCGCUUUAUCCAUCGCGCCAGGCUCGGAGUCGUGCCUCUGAACGGUUGUCGCCGCUUUGAUGGGCGGGCAAACAACAACAAAGCCUGCCGACGCUGUGGCCACAACAACGAGACGCUCCCGCACGUGAUUAACGCGUGCAUGGUGCACUCAGCAGCCCUGCAGUAUCGCCACAACGCGGUCCUCAACCGCCUCGCGACAGCAGUCGCUGGGCGGCCAAGAAGAGGAAACACUGCUGUUCCUGACAUCAGGAUCAACCAAGCCGUCAUAGGGGACAGCAGUGGGCUGCGUCCGGACCUCGUAAUAACCGACGAGGCCGCGAAGUCUGUGACCAUCGUCGAUGUGACGAUCCCCUUUGAAAAUAGGCGGAUUGCGCUCGACAACGCUCGGCAACUGAAGAAGAUAAAGUACGCCGACGUUGCGCGCGGAUUAGCCGCUCGCGGCUAUUCUGUCACUGUCGACGCCCUGGUUGUCGGCAGUCUGGGGGCGUGGGACCGCCAGAACGAUGCAGUGCUUCGGCACCUAGGCAUCGCUAGCCGCUACUGCCAACUGAUGCGGCGGCUGAUGGUGUCUGACACCAUCAAGUGGUCCCGCGACAUUUACGUGGAACACAUUACUGGCCACUGCCAGUAUGUGUCCCCCUAGACUGUGGCAUGCUCUGACGUCAGGCUGCGAGACCCUCGAGACUGCAGUCGUCGGAGAACUUCGAGGUCGGUGCCUUCGUGACGUCGGUGUCGAGAUUCUCCUCCACGACGCGGGACCAGCGGCGCUACACCACCUUCGCGCCGCACUGCAGCAGUGCCGAGUCAGUAGCGGUGCGUGCGGUGCUGCCUGGUGCCCCUCCCUCCGUGGUGUCCGCCGAAUAUGGCCCCCACCUCGGUUGGCGCGGUGCUAGGCGGCGCCAAACGUGUGCCUACUGCCCGGCAGUCUCCAGCCAGCGUGGGAAGCAACGCCCUCCUGCCACGACACCCCGGUGACGUCUGCCGCAAGGCGGACAGAGGGGAGAAGUCCGGCUGUGUGUGACCCGCCUGCGUGCGUGGCACACCAGCCGCUGGCAGCCGUGCAUGUGCAGUGUGCUGUCAGGGCAUGGAGAAGAAUGCAAUAAAUAAAAUAGAUCCUAAAACUAGCACCAAACCAUUCCCGGUCUGAAAUAUCUAAGGCCGCGCCUAUCGCGGGAUUAAUCUUAAGGUAAUAUACUUAAGCAUCCGCGCCUAACGCGGUCUUCCAAUAUUUAAGUAGUGGGCUUAACCCACGAAUUAGAAUAAUAUUCAAUUACUUAAGUACGGUUAGAACCGUCUACUAUAUAUUUUGACUUAAAUUUUCAUUAAAUUUGUAAAACUCGCAUUGUAUAGAGUCAUGAAUAUUCUUUUUUUAAAUUUAUACUUCUUAAAACUGUAACUAAGAAUUAUCUCUGGAAAAUAAAAAUCUGUUCUUAUCAGCUUAAUAUCUGAU